UUAAUAUGAUGUACCCGCCGUGUACAUCGCAGUACGCCUGCUAAUUCGUAUUUUACACGGUGCAUAUUAUAAGACAUUAACCGCCCAACGUUCGUUCUACGAGUGCAAACGGCGUACGCAGUACCUAUACGUCGGGUGACUUACCCGCAAUACAUUACUACAGGCGCAGGCAAUAUUGUCGUGGGCACCGGAAAUCAAUUCCGGACGACAUUUACCGCCGUUUUCGAGGAAAUACGACUGCACGGACCAUGGGCGGUAGGAUGUGGAUUUCGUCGUCUGUGAUUUUACUCAUCGGCGUCUAUGCGACGGAACAGGCGUAUUUUCUGGAAGAAGAUUUCAUCGAAAGCAUCAACGAAAAAGCAAAGACGUGGAAGGCCGGUAUUAACUUCGAUCCAAACACACCGAAGGAAUACAUCGUCAAACUUUUGGGAUCGAAAGGAGUACAAGUCCCACACAAACUCAACCUUAAAAUGUACAAAUCAGAUGACGAAGCUUACGUGAACCUGUUUGGCCGAAUUCCGAGGAAGUUUGACGCGAGAAAAGAGUGGAGACGGUGUGUAACGAUCGGGCAAGUCCGAGACCAAGGAAACUGUGGAUCGUGUUGGGCGUUCGCUACGAGUUCAGCGUUUGCCGACCGGCUGUGUAUAGCAUCGAACCACGAAUUCAACGAACUGUUAUCCGCAGAGGAGUUAACUUUUUGCUGCCAUCUGUGCGGUUUCGGGUGUCACGGAGGUUACCCGAUUAAAGCUUGGAGUUAUUUCAGGCGACACGGUAUCGUGACAGGAGGAGAUUAUCAAUCGGAAGAGGGUUGUGCGCCGUACCGAGUGCCGCCUUGCAUUACUGACGAAUAUGGAAAUAACACGUGCAGAGGUCAACCAAUGGAGAGAAAUCACAGAUGCACGAGGAUGUGUUACGGAGAUCAAGAAAUCAAUUAUGACGAUGACCACAGAUUCACGAGAGACUAUUACCACCUCACAUAUGCAAGUAUCCAAAAAGACGUUAUGACUUAUGGACCGAUCGAAGCGUCGAUGGACGUGUACGACGACUUUCCCAGUUACAAGUCAGGUGUUUAUGAAAAAUCGGAAAAUGCUACAUACUUGGGAGGACAUGCCGUGAAGUUGAUCGGUUGGGGUGACGAAUUCGGAGUCCCGUAUUGGUUGAUGGUCAACUCUUGGAACGAAAAUUGGGGGGACAAGGGUCUUUUCAAAAUUCGACGAGGGACGAACGAAUGCGGAGUCGAUAAUUCGACGUCCGCUGGUAUUCCAGUGGUUUACUAAGUGAUAUGCAUACGAUUACAAUCAAUUAAAAUAUAACGUAGUUUAUAGCUUAUGGUUUAAAAUGUUCAAUACAAUAGGAUUACAAUUUUUAGUUCUAUUGAAAAAACGUUAUUCUUUUUAUGAUUGCUCACUGUCAGUUCUAAUCACGCCGUAGAUUUUAUUUUAUGUUUAUCGAAUUAAUAUAUUUUUACAUAUUGUCAACAUUUUCCUAGGAGAAAAUUAUUUUUUUUUUUACUUUUAAAAAUACUUUUUUCACACAUCAAAGAUUUAGUAAAAUACAUAUUCAAUGCUUUUGUGAUCAAUAAUAUAACUGUUCAAGUUGUCACAUUU